GCAACGCUGCCACUUCUGGUUAACCGCCUGAAAGGUAGGCGAACCCUUUGCCUCGGCAAGAAGGCAAAAAGUACCACCCUUCCACUUGUUUUCCAGGCCGCAUCUGGCUCCGCCACUGUCACGGCCACAGAGACCCGUGGUGAGGCGGGGUCGUUUCUUGUGCGACUGAUCCGUCGGUCUUUGCCUUUUUACUGCCGAAAGUGACACGGUUAUCCUUCCGGAGUGGCUGCGUCCGCGGCGGCUCGCGGACACUCCCCGCCGACUCGGAGGCAGCCUCGUUAACCUAUUACUGGAACACCAAGGCAAGCAAGGCAAGCCCCCGCGCUAUCGACACGUUAUGCCGUUUGGCAGUCCGUUAUCUCCAAACUGUUCCGGGCCGCCGACAAGGUAUAAGACAGCCUGCCCGGCCGGCCGGCCCUGGGAGAGAGGGUCAGACGCGCCAUGGUCCUUGUCGCCGCCUUCGUCGCCGUCCUGACCACCGCCGUCUUGGACACCGCGUGGGCUGGCUGCGUGACGCGCUCCUACGGCCAUGGCAGCGUGGUGUGCGUGUGCAACGCCACCCAGUGCGGCGCCCUGGAGGGACCCCCGGCGGGCGGCCGCAGCCCCGGCCCCGCGGACGGCAGCUCCACGCCCUUCUGGCUCUACACCAGCUCCAAGGCGGGCAUGCGCCUGCACCGCGCCGACGGCAACUUCACCAACGCGUACGCUCGGGGCGCGACGGGCGCGGCCGUGGCCGGCGCGGGGAAGGACAAGGACAGCGAGCGCACGGUGUGGGCGCGCGGCGCCGUGCGCAUGGCCGUGGACACCGUCACCAAGUACCAGACGGUGGAAGGUUUCGGCGGCGCUAUCACCGACUCCACCGCCAUCAACAUCCACAAGCUGAGUCCCGCUACGAGGGAGGUCCUGAUGAGGGCGCUGUUCCACGAGACCGGCAACGCGUACACACUGCUGCGUGUGCCCAUGGGCGGCACGGACGACUCGGUGCGCAAGUACACGUACGACGACACCCCCGACGACGCGACGCUGGCCAACUUCAAGCUGGCCGAGGAGGACGUGCUGUACAAGAUCCCCGUGCUGCUGAACGCGAGCCGGGUGUCGGGCGGCAAGACGAGGGUCAUGGCGUCGGCGUGGACGGCGCCGCCCUGGAUGAAGACCAACAACCAGUUCGUGGGCGGGGUGCUGCGGCCCGACAUGUACCAGGCGUGGGCGGACUACCACGUGCGCUUCCUGGCCGAGUACGCGGCGCGCGGCGUGGCCGUCUGGGCCGUGACCACGGGCAACGAGCCCAUCAACGCCUUCUUCACGCCGUUGCUCAUCCGCUUCAACUCGAUGGGGUGGACGCCCAUGACGCAGCGCCGCUGGCUGGGCCGCCACUUCGGCCCCACGCUGCGCCGCUCCGCCUUCAACGCCACCAAGCUGCUGGCCCUGGACGACCAGCGCAUGCUGCUGCCCUGGUGGCUGGACAUGAUGUUCCGUGACCCCAAGGUGAAGGACUACGUGGACGGCGUGGCGGUGCACUGGUACUGGGACCUCAUGGACCCACGCAUCGGGCUGGAGGCCACGCACCAGCACUUCCCCGACAAGUUCCUCAUCAGCACGGAGGCCAGCAGCGCUGACAAGCCGUGGGACCUGGUCAAAGUGCAGCUGGGGUCCUGGACACGGGGCCAGAAGUACAUGACGGACAUCCUCAAGGACAUGAACUCGUGGGUGACGGGAUGGAUGGAGUGGUCGCUGGUGCUGGACACGCGCGGCGGCCCGUCCUGGUCGUCCAACUUCGUGGACGUGGGCGUCAUGGUGGACGCGGCGCGCGACGAGGUGCUGCUGCAGCCCACGUACUACGCCAUGGCGCACUUCUCGCGCUUCGUGCCGCGCGGCUCGGUGCGCGUGCGUCUGCAGGUGGAGCGCCAGGACGCCAUUGUGGCGCCGGGCCAGGGUGGCCAGGGCACGGCCGACGAGCAGGGCCUGUCCGGCAUCGCGGCCCGCAGCGACGUGGACGCCGUGGCCUUCCUCACGCCGCAGAACGACGUGGUGGUCGUCAUGCACAACGCCGGCGACAGCGACACGUCGGUGAGCGUGAGGGACCCGAGGGUCGGGGCGACCAGCGUGGUGCUGCCGGCGCGCUCCUUCAACACUUUGGUCUACUCCAUGCCGACCGAUUGAAGCAAGACUGAUUUGAACGGGGACAAUACUCCAUGGUACUGUACUGUAGUGCAAUGUCAUCGUCUUUCUGUGUGUACGGUGGAGGAAGGGAGAAGAAUAAUGCUCAAGUCA